AUGGUGUUAUAUUUCAUUGGGUUAGGGCUAGGAGAUGAGAAAGAUAUCACUGUCAAAGGCUUAGAAGCAGUACAAAAAUCUACUUAUAUAUACUUAGAAUCAUACACAUCUUGCUUAAUCACCCCAAAAUCCAAGCUAGAAGAGUUUUAUGGGAAGCCAAUUAUUGAAGCUGAUAGAAUUAUGGUCGAAUCAGGCUGUGACGAGAUGCUAGAAAGGGCCAAAAAUAACGAUGUUUCCUUUCUUGUUGUAGGUGAUCCAUUCUGUGCUACGACUCAUUCAGACUUAUUCAUGCGUGCUGCUAAAUUACACAUCCAGCUUAUCGUAAUCCACAAUGCUUCAAUUUUUACAGCAAUUGGCUAUAGUGGUCUUCAGCUCUACAAGUUUGGAGAAACUGUCUCAGUUCCUUUCUUUACUGAAAGAUGGAGACCGUAUUCAUUUUAUAACAAAAUUUUAGAAAACAAGCGAAGAGGAUUGCAUACUCUAGUAUAACCUGAGCUUCAUUUUGACUUAGGCUUGCAAUAUCUUAUGACACCAACUUAUAAAGCCAACUCGCCAAGUAACUCCCAGCCGAAAUCAGAAGGCUUUGGCAUAGUUCGGGUCAAAAGAAGGCUCGGGCUAUACUUUUAGAUAUAAAAGUUAAAGAACAAAGCGAAGAAGAUCUAAUGCGAGGAAGACUAGUUUUCCAGCCACCUCGCUUCAUGACUGCAAACAUCGCUUGUCAACAGAUCUUAGAAGCUGAAGAUAAUACACAAAGCGGGCUUAUUCAAAGAAAUGACCUUGUUAUUGGGCUAUUAAGAAUGGGAACUCCACAGCAAACAAUAGUUGUGAAGCCUAUUGAAGAAAUGGCGAAUAUGGAAAACCUUGGAGAUCCUCUGCAUUCUUUAAUUAUCCCAGGCGAAUUGCACGAAAUUGAGCAAGAAAUGAUGCAAUUUCAUAGUAACACAAUAAAUUAA